AUGGAUGAUUUAUGGAAUGAAGCAUGGGAUUCUUUGAUUCAAGAGGUGCAGAGGGAAGCCGACGAGGAGGAUGAGGCGGCGGCGGCGGAAUUGGCGGCGGCGGCGAUCCCUCGUUCGAACAACGACAUCAACGUUCUGCAGUCGUCGCCUAUCUUCAAUGAUGAGUGCCGGGGAGAGGGUCCAGAGAUCAGUUUUGUAGCAAAUGGCACGCAGUAUCGCAGGGGAUACUAUUUGGCAGAUGGAAUAUACCCUCGUUGGCCCGUAUUCGUCAAGACACUUCGCCAACCGGCUGGAGCGAGGAGACAAUAUUUUGCGCGAAAACAAGAGGCCGCUAGGAAAGAUGUUGAGCGAGCUUUUGAAGAUGAAGGAUUUGCUGCAGAACGUUGGGCACCGGAAGAUGGUGCAAGUACAAGUCACGGCGUUGCCUCCGCGCCGAUACAGAUGGGUGUACCACGUAGUAAUGAAUAUCUGAUCCAACGUUUCGCUGAUAUACGCAGGAGCACAACACAUGACCAACUCCAGGUCGAUUUGAUUGAAGAGGUAUGGGCAUGUAGGGGAGGCGGCGUAGCGUGA